UGGUCAGUAAAUUGGCAGUGUGUGUUUAAAUCGCCGUGCUGUCGAUCAAAACUUUAUUUUUAAUUACAGAUUCAAAGUACUGGGUCAAAUCAUAUAUUGACAACAUGACUGCUUUCGGAUUUCGCCAUAAAUCUGUAGGAUUACUGUGUCUUAGUUUCUUGUGUAAAGCUGUGUUCUCGCUGGAUUGUUUCGUUUGUUCAAGUGAUGAUUCUUUUGAAGAGUGUGACAAAGCACGAACCAAGGAAAUUUGUCAACCAAGAACUACGUGCGGCAAACUAUCCUUUCAACUGUCGGAUAACCACAGAUACAGGAGAGGUUGUUUAUCUGUCAUAUACUGUACUGAUCCCAGCCGCUACUGUCAAAACAUUGUUGACGCAUCAGAAUGUGUCACUGCUUGCUGCUCCAAACACCUGUGUAACGCUGCACCUGCCCAAGAAAUGUCACGCGAUGGCUUUCUGUGGUGGAGUCUAAUGGUAACAUCUAUGGGACUUAUUAACAUUUGUUAAAUUCGAACUGUAGCCAGCAAAUCUAGAAUCGUGUGACGUAUCCCCUGCAUCAGUUUGUAUGUGUCAAAUUUUUCAUGUGAUGAACUCUUGUUUUCAUGGCGAUGACGAUUUAUAUUUUUUGACUCAAGAGCACUCAGCGAGAAGGUGGAAUAAAACCCGGGCCGUAUAUGCUUACGUUUAUGCUGCCUCCCAAAGGGAUGGAGGGACGGCACUGCUACAUCAAUGGGUGAUUGUUAGUG